AUGAAAAUUGGCUCAGCACAGUAUACUGCGAUGAUCACAAGGCCCGAUAUUGCCUUUAUGAUUAGCCGUCUAUCUGAAGCGCUCAAAAGCCCCUCGCAGGACCACAUUCGCGCUGCAGAUCGAGUUAUCGAAUAUCUCUACAACACGCGCUUUUACGCGCUCGAAUUCUCCGCCAAGGAAGAAGGUCAGGAGAUCGCCGCAGUUCGGUCCGCGCCGCACAAGCGAGCCCUCGAGCGCACCAAGAGCCGAAAGCGGCUAGAGCCAUCUUUACCCGAUCCCACAACGGGCGAGCAAAGUUGGAAAGCCCAGCGAGUCGAUUUCACCUCCUUCUCACCCCUCUCGCUGUCGACAAUUAACGCGGUCCCGUCGCGCCAUCGCCCAUCAUGUAUGGCUGACUUCUAUUUCCAUCCUACAGCGCUCGUGUCCGGCGAGAAGACGAACUUCCAGUACAUCCUGCGUCUGCUCAACACCAAUGUUGACGGCAAGCAGAAGAUCAUGUACGCCCUGACUCAGGUCAAGGGUGUUGGUCGCCGUUACUCCAACUUGGUCUGCAAGAAGGCCGAUGUUGACCUUAACAAGCGUGCCGGUGAGCUCACCACCGAAGAGCUCGAGCGUGUCGUCACCAUCCUCCAGAACCCCACGCAGUACAAGAUCCCCACCUGGUUCCUCAACAGACAGCGCGACGUCACCGACGGCAAGGACUCCCAGGUUCUGUCCAACGGUCUGGACAGCAAGCUCCGUGAGGACUUGGAGCGCCUGAAGAAGAUCCGCUCCCACCGUGGUCUCCGUCACUACUGGGGUCUCCGUGUGCGCGGUCAGCACACCAAGACCACCGGCCGUCGCGGACGCACCGUCGGUGUCAGCAAGAAGAAGGGCUAA